AUGAUCAUAUCAAUGUGGUCCCCAGAGGCUGAUGUUUGGUACGACCGUCUACCAUAUUCAGGACUUGGUAACUUGACUUCGUCAUGCUAUCACUCCCCUGGACUGUCUAUGCUCUUCCCAUCGACUUGCUGUAUAGAAGGCGGUGCCAUCUGCCUGCAGACAGUUGGCGAAGGGGAGAUAAACUCUGCGGCAUCUCUCAUGGCCCUUGUUUUGUCACCCAGAUUCGACUUCAGCAAGACCUACUUUCUCCUCGCCGGGAUAGCCGGUGUCAAUCCCAAACACGGCACUCUGGGCACCGUGGCGUUGGCCCAUUACUCUGUCCAGGUCGCCCUCCAGUAUGAGAUUGACCCUAGGUCGCUCCCCUCCAGUUUUCCCACGGGCUACAUCUCGUAUGGCCGCAAUCAGCCUCACGAGUAUCCUUUCAUCACAUAUGGAACUGAAGUAUUUGAACUCAAUGCCCGACUUCAAGAUGAGGCUUAUGAUCUUGCUUCCAAAGCAGAGCUGUCAGACGCUGAUGGGCCGCGACAGUACCGCUCCCUGUAUGUCCGCAUGGGCGAGUCAUACAUGGCUGCCUCACGACCACCAAGUGUUGUAAAGUGUGACACAGCUACCAGCGAUGUAUACUACUCCGGGAGCAGACUCUCAGAGGCAUUUGAGAACACGACAUCAGUCUGGACCAACGGGACUGGGGUCUACUGCAUGAGUGCACAGGAAGAUAACGCAUUGCUCGAGGUCUUGGUCAGAGUUGCAAUUGAGAAGCUCGUUGACUUUGAGAGAGUCAUUGUCCUCCGAAGCGGCUCCAACUUUGACCGUGCCCCUCUUAACCGAUCCGACCUUGAGCAUCUCACAGAUUCUCAGCAGAACGGCUUCUCCAUCGCCAUCGACAACAUAUACAAUGCUGGUGUCAAGAUUGUCGAGGGCAUCGUCGAAAACUGGGACUGCAAGUUCAAAUCGGGCGUCAAGGCGGACAAUUACGUGGGAGAUAUAUUUGGCAGUCUAGGCGGAGAGCCAGACUUUGGGUUUGGAAGCCUCACUCGUGGAGAGCGCGUCGCUCCUGAUGGUAAAGAUACUACUUUGGCGAUGAAGGAGAUGGACAGACGCAAGUUUUUGACUCAAAAGUCGUUGAGAAAGGUAUAA